UUAAGCAUUCGACAUGACAGCUCUGCGUCAACAUGGAAUAUAUCAAGCGCGGGCCGUGCGGCCAAGACGGAUGUCGAGAAACUCGUUACUAUCUGGAUAACGGUAUUUGGUUCUGUAGGCGUGGCCAUCAGCAAGAGGGUCGUCAAGUCGAAGAAGAUCCUGAUGAUUACAACAAGCGAGGAACGGUUCACCGCAUAAAAAAGGCGGCUGUAGAGAAAAUUCAAAAGACGUAUACUGGACGACAAGGGUAUCGUCUUUUUAUCUUUGCAUAUCAGCUCAUUCUAUGGAAGCAAUGUCAGGCGCUCAUAACUCAAAAGGGGUUUCCUGCUGAUAUAGAAAAGCUAGUGAAGGAUCUCUGGGCCCUGCGACUGGAAAAUUUGACAGACAGAUUUGACCUCUCACUUGACGAGCCUCGUGGAGAUGAUGGCUCGGACGGCGGAGUUUUCAGCUCACAAACUCCAGCUGCAAGUAUCGAGAAGAAAGAUGCCACUCACAUAAGUGCUCGAAAGUCUACUGACAGUCCCCUUUUGAGGGAGACACUGGGACUUCUCUAUCUAGCUUGUUUGCUUCUUCGUCUGCCAGUAAGCAUUGGCGAUAUAUACAAAUAUGCUGUUCGAAAUGAAAUACCAUUCAUCAGAGCUCUCAAGUCUGUUCCGCAGGAGAUGAGAGAUCGUCUGUCGCCGCAACACACGAGAGGCCUCAGCGUACAGGUAAUGCCAGAGAGUGACGACAUCCACGAGACAGUGAAUCUAAUGGUGGCUAUGUAUAAGCGUGAAUACAACAUCGUAUUCCCGCCGUUAAACAUGCCACUUAUGCUAUUUCAAUUCAUUCGCAAGCUAGCUUUGCCUUUGGAAGUCUACACUGUCGUCAGAAGACUGCAACAACUCCUUCAGUUCCGCUUCACAUUCUCGUCAGGGAAGAAAUGGACACUCAAGGCAGAAAAUUACCCCGAGGCUCAAUUGCUAGGUCUCAUCAUCGUUGCCACGAAAUUAAUAUUCCCUUUCAGCAAAACCAAAGGCUUUCCAACCGUACUUACAGAGCCAGCCGCGCAGCUUAUUGACUGGAAUUUGUGGGCAGCGGCGCAGAAGAAGUUCGAAAGCUUGGACAAAGUUCCAGGGCGGCUAGCAAAGGGAGACGAAAUUAAUGUCAAUGAAGGGAACGUGUUUCACAUGACAGAGAAUCAACUAGAUGAUUACUUGGAUUGGUAUCAAAAUACCUGGCUUGACCAGAAAAAAGACCUAUUUCCACUCAAACCCAGCGAAACUGACAAUCGUCCUGACCUCAAGACCGGCGCUGAAGUAGAAGAAGCGAUUGACAAGAAAGUCCGUGAGAUGACUGCUAGCAUUCGCUUAUCGAAAAUCAUUCCCGAUGACAGAGCACAAGAAACUAAAGAAACAGACAUCGAUCAAAGCUCAGAAAAUGAAGAAGAAAAGACCCCUCGUCCUGGCUACUCAUACAGAAUCUACAGAACGGAAUCGGACUUGCCCAAAACGGCUCGCAAGUUCUAUCAAGCAGCAGCAGAUCUAGCCGGGCUGUCACUGAAGACACUAGUUCUUGCAGUGAACCGCAUAGAAGGCAAACUGGAGAAUUUCCAAUAUGACUUGAGACGCGCGGAAGAACACGGUGAAGAUGUCUGGAACCAUGAAUGA